UGGCAACCCUGUUGUAUUAAAAACCUGGUGCCGUAGAGGAUUUAAGCAUUUAAUUUCUUUUUUAAUAGAAAUUAUGCUGUUUGCUAUCAGUUUUUGGCACAGUUGACAGUUCGUUUUACUUCAUAUCUUUUGUCAAACACAAUUUUGUUACGUUACCAAACCUAAGCGAUGCACCCCACACCAAAAAUGGACUUGAAGUUCAAGAUCGAGCUGCUGUCCGGCAAGAAUGUUGUUAUGGUGAACUGUCCUGGCUACGAGUGUGAGCUUUUUAUGCCGCAGAUUGUCAACGAACGGAUCACCUUCCAAAACAUAAUCCCUAACCGAAGGUGCUGUCCGGAGAGCAGAAUGCUGACGGAUCCUUUUGAGGGGGAAGUAGGCGUCAGGACCAAAACUAUGAGGAACAUUCCCCUGCGUGCCUCCCCUGCAGUCAAUCUCUCGACGCCUCUAGCCAAGAGCACCCCAUCUAGCACGUCCUCUCUGCGAGUUCAAGCUGGCAAGGAAAACUUAUCUCCGCAACUGACGCCGGAAGGAGUCCGCUGCCGUCCCUUUCGUCUGACCUCUGUAGAGGAGGUGGAGAUGGAUGUGGAUCCCUUAAACGAGUUUCUCUUACAAGGACAGCCGUCAACUUUUUUGGGCCAACCUACUCUUAGAACCCAGCUUCCAAGUUACCAAAGUGAAAACAUUUCCGAGGCAAGCAUAACUUCGCCAAUGCUUUACAGCUGCAGCCUUGCCAAAGUUCAACCAAGCGAACCCGUGCUCACCGAAACAACGGCAAAACCGCCGUCCGUAAGGACCUACAUACGUAAAAAGGCUGGUACUCCCAGCAAAUCAAAGCCGACUGCAGCCUGGUCACCUCUUCAAAAGAGAAAAAAGAGCUCUGCGGUUUCAUCUACCAAGGCUCCAAGUCCCACGCUGAAGCUGGAAGUGCGCAACCGCAAACUGAUCGUAGACUCCAAGAAGACGUUGGCCGCCUAUGAUCCCAAUAAAAUUGCCUCUGUGCCCAUAACAAGAAAAAAGAUCAUUCGAAAACAGGUGACCGGAAAGACUCGGAAGCAGUUCGAGGCUCUGAAAGUCACAGCUUUCGACUUGUUGACAAAUCCUUCUGUAGGCCACAUGUCACAGGAUCUGAGCAAACAAUUUCAGCAUUCCUGCGUAAACAAAGUAUCCACUACGCUGCCAAAUUACGCGGAGAUCGCCGUCACCUCUCCUUUAAAAUGCGAUCGGCAGGUCAAAUCGUUGAUGGCCAGGCAGAGGCGAAUGGACCGGGUGAAUCAGAGGCCAAAGUGUACGAAAUCACUGAGCAACAAGUGGAUCUAAAGUGUCCCGGUGACAUAUUCUUCAUGAACAAUCUGGAUGUAAUUGUUCUGGCUUCAGCCAGUAGUCCAAAUGUAUUCGUAUUAAACGUAGAUGACUUAAAGGGCGA